AUGACUGGUCGUGUGAUCAGUCUCAACCUUCAUUUCGGUGGGCUUCAAGGCAGUAUCCAUUCCAACAACAGCUUGUUCUUUCUUCGCCAUCUCAGGCGGCUAGACCUCUCAAGAAAUGAUUUUCGAGGCUCCCCAAUUUCCUCCCAGUUUGGUGGCUUUGUAAAUAUGACUCACCUUGACCUCUCUGACUCCAAUUUCAGUGGCCCAAUCCCUUCAGAAAUUUCCCACCUUUCCAACUUGGUUUCACUCAAUCUCUCCCAAGCUGCUGUGACACUAGAUACUCUUAGCUUGAACAGAAUUGUUCAAAACCUAACCAAUCUUAGGGAGCUUGAUCUGGCUGCAGUUGAUAUGUCAUCAGUUGUACCUGAUUCCUUUAACAAUCUGUCUUCUUCGCUGACAACUCUUAUACUCUUUCAUUGCCACUUGCAAGGAAAAUUCCCACAGAGCAUUUUCCACCCACCAAACCUUCGACAAGUGAAUUUAGGUUCAAACUAUAACCUCACAGGUUAUUUCCCCAAGUCUAACUGGAGCAGUCCACUCGAAAGCUUAGACCUCUCUCAUACUAGAAUCUCAGUAGAUUGGCAUCAUCUCACCAGAAACUUCAGGUCUUUGAGAUAUUUGUUUCUCAGAAAUUGCACUUUUGUAGGAUCAUAUCUUGUAUCGCUUGGUAACCUCACACAAAUCAUGUUGUUGGACCUCUCAUAUAACAGUUUUGGUGGCCAUAUUCCAUGGUCGCUUCUAAACCUUGAGAGACUCAAGGACUUGGAUCUUAGUAGCAACAAUUUUGUGGGUCAAUUUCCAGAAGUUGUGCGCAACUCAACAGGGAUCUCUUCUUUAUAUGAGUUUUCAAAAGGGCAACUGGUGGGACCUAUUCCUCGACACCUAACCAAGCUCACUUUAUAUAACAACUCACUCAACGGAACGGUGCCAUCUUGGUUAGGAAGCUUGCCAUCAUUGGAGGAGUUAAACCUCGGAAGAAACCAACUCAGCAGUAAUAUCUUUGAGUUUCAAUCUCGUUCUUUGUCACAGCUUGAUUUAAGUUAUAACAAGUUGCAUGGCCUGAUUCCAAGAUCAAUCUAUGAGCUAGUGAACCUUGGAUGGCUUGAUCUAUCAUCCAAUGACUUGAGUGGAACAGUGGAGUUCGAAAAGUUUUCAAAACUCCAGAGUCUUGUUAGGCUUAAUCUUUCCUGUAACCAUCUAUCCUUGAGUUUCAACUAUUUGAGUAACAGCACCUGGCUUGAACUCAGGACACUAGAUUUGUCGUUUUGUAACAUAAGUGAGUUCCCAUACUUUCUAAGAGCCUCACCAAACUUGGAAGCGUUAUACCUUUCCCACAACCGAAUUCAAGGCGACCUUCCCAAAUGA